AUACCAAAAAAGAAAACAAGAUCAGGGAAAACAAAGAGGACGCGCGCUUCUCCCAUCAACAAAAUAGUAACAAAAAAACCAGAACAGAGAGAAAGAGAGCAAAAGGGAAAAAUCAAAAAACAAAAACAAAAUUUGAUCGAAAAUGGCAGCAGAAGAAGGCAAAGCAGAUGCUCAACUAUUUCAGCUGCUCUCUAACCUUCUCCAGCAAGUGGAAUCACUAACCAACCAGGAAGAAGUUGAAUUGCGGUCCAAAAUCGAAGCACUUGGUUUAGAAGUUACAAAAGUUCCUUCAAAACUAACAAAGAAUCUUGAUGAGCUGGAAAUAGCAAGGCAGUUGGAUAAACUGUCAGCAAAACUGGAUGAUGUUGAUGAAAUGAUAUCCUCAGCCAUGGCCGCAGAUCCACAGGUGCAAUCUCUCUUGAGUGGUACUGCUGAUGUCUGGAUGCCAGUUAUUACAGCUACAGCUGAUGAGCGACGCAAUUUUACAGCAUCAAUUGGAGAUGAUACCUUUGAGGAGAAAGCAGAAACUUCCAACUGAUUUUGCAAUAUUGUUAUCGGGUUUAUAUCUGUCUUCUCUUUCUAGACAAGUUGAAGUGGCUAAAGUGACGAUGGUUCUUUGGACUAUAUAGAAUCAAAGGAAUAAGCAGUUGUGGGACAACCGUUAUUUACCAGCUCCGAUGGCAGUAGAUACUUGUAUGGCUUUUCUUCAUGCAUGGAAAGAGGUACGUAUGUCCCAAGUCAUCUACAAGAAGUUUGGUUGGGUAAAGUGUAAUAUGGAUGUAGCUACGUUUGAAAAUGGGAGGGUAAUAGGAGUGGGAUUGGUGAUUAGGGAUGAGGAAGGUAAGUUUGUGAAAGGAAAAUCAUUUUGUAUGAAUGGUCCAAUGGCUGUAAAGUAGGCUAAAGCAACGGGAUUAAGGAGGCUCUUUCUUGGUGUCUAGAACAGGGAUUGCAACGAGUUAUUUUCGAGUCAGACGCUAAAGUUAUAGUGGGAGCAUUUCAUUCUAGGCCAGAAGACCAAUCAGGGCACUGAGGUUUCUGUCCAAUAUGUUAGGCGACAAGCAAAUGGUUGUGCUCAUUGUUUAGCUAGAGCUUCACAUGUUACUGCUUGUCCCACUGUUUUUUCUCAACCUCCUCGGAUAUUGGAGGAAUGUUUGUUGGCUGAUUUGACUAGUGCAUAAAAAAAUUUACCAUUUUGAUUUUAGAAAUUGAAAAAAGUUCAUCUCCA